AUGGGGCGUCGAGACGCAUCGCCAGCGCGGUCUGAUGACGACUGGGGGAAGCUCCCCGACGAAGAGGACGUCGACAUCGAUAACGACCUCGCCCUCGACCCCGAGGCCUCGUCCCGCGGUCGUGAAGAGGCAUCGACAUCCCUCCUGGCCUCCCACUCGGUCUACAAUAGCAACAAGGCCCGCCCAUCGCGCCGGUCGUUCACAACCUCCUACCCUGUCCUCGCCAUCAUCGUCCUCUCCUGUCUCCUCCUCGGCGCCCUCGCAUCCACGGCCCUCACCGCCCUCGUCUCCCACAUCCGCAACACCUCCUCCUCAUCCAACUCUUCCACGGCCCACCGCAACGACAACACCCUCGCCUCCCCUUCCCACGACAACCAGACCGCCGCAACCUACCUCCUCCCGGCCCCCUGCGGCACCUCCCCCUCCCAGGCUCGCGCCGCCGGCUGCCUCUUCGACCUGGUGUCCUUCAACUGGCUGCCGCCCCAGUGCCACGACGCCGAGCUCGCCGCCUCCUUCGAGGCCGACCUGCGCUCGGCCGGCCACCUCGCGUGGUACGAGGACCCGCGGGGCGCCCGGCCCAUCCCGCGCGCCCGCGUCGCCACGGGCGAGGUCUCGGGCGUCUACGUCUCCCUCGGCUACCACCUCCGCCACUGCACCGCCAUGUGGCGGCGGAUGCACCGCGCGCUGAUGCAAGGGGGCGGCGGGCUGGGGCGCGUCGACGGGUACAUCUGGAGCUACCACCACACGCGGCACUGCGAGGAGAUGCUGCUGGCGGCCGCGCUUGAUAGCGGCAGUAGUGGCGGAGGAGGAGGAGGAGGUGGUGGUGGUGGUGGUGGUGAGAUGGCGGUGUACUCGACCGAGGUGAGGAUCAAGUAUCCGGACUGCGGUGUGGUUUUGGAGUCGUAG